AAAAAAAAACACGAAACGUGGUACAGUGACAUACAAAAAAAAAAAAAAAAAAAAGUAAAUGAAGUGCAGAUAUACUGCCCGGUCAUCCGACCGAAUCUAUAAAAAUUUCACUCAUCCUAGCCAGAAGGCCGGGAUACCAAGGGUGAGUGCCAAAGGUGAAGAGUAAUGUUGCAGUGCGUUCACUCAGUGAGUUAUAACACCCAGUUAGUUUCGGCACCUCAGGGUCACCACUUCCCGAGGCACAGAAGUACCUCAGCUCUACACCCCUCUACCUCAUGGCUAGAACUGGAGGAAACCGGUCACAUCAGGACAGCCGUCGAGCUGAUUCCUCAGAACCAGCCCCGGAACGCCCUGGUACACCUGCUCCCUCCAUGCAGCAUCCAUCCCACAUCAAUGGCCAAAUCCUAAACCACUGAUAAGAACAGAUACUACACUUGAUUUAAGCCAAAAGGCCGAGAAGCGAUUGUUACCAUUGUUGCUGAAACAUCUGCAGUAUUAUGGAGCAAGCUACAGCCUCAGCACCUUCCACAGCCUACAAAGAGUAUUUGGCUAGCUUCAGCUGAUGGUUUUUUGGCUUAAUGACAAUUUUCCAAAUUGUCCCUGGAGGGAAAGCAUGUUAGGAUAAGGAAGCCAUCCAGUAAUGCGUCCUUGUUCUAGAACUAUAAAAAAAAAAAAAAAACUUGGGAAAGGCCUUGUACAGUGGAAAAUUUCAAAUACCCGAGCAAAAACCACUCCCAGGUACAGAAGGACCUCCUCUUCCUCAUGUCAUUGUGGCUGAUGAGGCGUUUCAAAUGAGCACCAAUCUCCUGAAGCCAUAUUCUGGAAGGAGGCUGAAUCCGGAAUGCCAUAUCUUCAAUUAUCGUCUUACAUGAGCCAGAAGAUACGUAGAGUACCUUUGGAAUCUUAACAAAUAAAUGGAGGGUGCUAACCACCACGAUGCUAUUGAAACCUGAUAAUGUGGACUAUUUAAUCAAGGCAUGUGUGGUACUGCACAAUUUUAUCAUAAAUACUGAGCCAGCAUCAUUCACAAAUUUGGAUGAAUUGGAUUACAAGCAAACCCUCAUCAGACAUUUGUCACUGUCAUGCGGAUCUGAGACCAAUUAGAGCAACUUUUCAAUUCACCGCUAGGUGCUGUAUCAUGGCAAGAUGAUGUAUAGUCAUGUGCAUAGCCGACCAUGCCAGUGGGUUCGAUAAAAAUCAUAAACAUACUGAUGAGCACCAUGGUGUCUUCCAGGUCAGCGCCCUCAAGUGGUGCCAAUACCCUAAAUACUCAGGCCAGAAUCUUUGCCAUAUGCCAUGUUCAGCCUUACACGACCAAAACCUAAAUGAUGAUAUCCAAUGUGCUGUCACAAUUAUAAAAAAACAGGGAUAUACUUCCUGGGGUGUCUGGAAACAACACUGCGCCAAACGAAAUCUUGAAGAAUAUCUAACAUGUCCAGCGACUUGUUAACUUGAUACAAAGUGAAGAAAACACCGAAUGACUGAUGAAAUCUCUUGUGUAUCUUCUAUUUGAAUCACUGAUGUUCAUCUUCUUAAAUUGUCACAAUAAUCAUCAGAAAUAUCUCUUAAUCUACAAAUCAA